AAAAAAUUUGCACCAAUAAUCGGAGUUGAAAUAUCUGCCAAAAUGAAAGGAAAUUCAAAAUCUCGUCUUAAACCCAAAUCAAUUUUUAAAAGUUUUGUACCGAAUGUUUUAAUAGAAGAAUCUUUAGCUGCAGUCAAAUUAAGAUCUGAAUUUCUUUUAUAUGAUUUAAAUUUAGAAGAAGCAACCACAGAAACUAUCGCACCAGUAUCUAUUAAAAAGUUUAAUUUAUUGAAUUUAUCAAAGAUAAAAAGGCGGCGAGAAGGUUUAACGCCAUUUCCAUUAUUAGCCACCGUCAUAACCCCUCGCUAGGGCAGGCACCUUGCCGUUGGUGCGGGGGCUUAGCUGAAUUGCCGAUCAGCCCAUCUCUGGUCUGGGGUAUCGUGGACGCGCUCGUCGCUUCUGCGCUACCUUGUCUCCAGAUUGGGGCUGCCGGCAAACAGUGACCAAGAACUGCCACCUCCUAAUCCAGGGUGUUACGCGACACCGUGCCUAUUGGACGGUUUGCAGCCAGGAGGAAAAACCGGCUGUAUUAUAACGGCGCCUCUUCGACACCGGGCCGCAUCGAGGAGUAACGGUGGCCUUACCGCGACAUGGGGCGCUGGCGCGGCGGACCAGAUAAGAUCCCCUACUACAACUUUGACUGCUGAGCUUGCCUAGCCGGGCUGGCAGUCGUACGAACAAGAUGAAUACAACUAAAAACCAAAAAAACACAAAAACAACAAAAACCAUCGCGAAAUCCGCGAAAACAGCUACAGCUACAGCUACAACUACAGCCACAACAGCUGCAACAGCCACACCAUCAGCAACAGCCUCUACAACAGUCACAACUACAGCUACAACAGCAGCAGCAGCCACGAAGACAGUUAUGUCAAGGGCACCAAAGGUACCAACGGUCAAGCUCGGCAGUUCUAUGCUGGGCGAAGGUAAAGGCACCAGGCGCAUGGGAGGCUUUCUUGCGAGCCUAUCCGAGGAGGAGGCUGCCCUUUUUAUUGAACACGCCAGAGAAGAUGAGAGGCCAAGCACUAGCAGUGGCGGCGUGGAUCGGGCGCAGCUUCGGUCGGAGGGCACCAAGGGUGCAGAGGCUCUGGCCUCAAAAAACAGGCACCGAUCGCCAAGCAGGAACCGGGGGGCCAGUUGGCGUCGCUCCAGGAGUCGUGACCGCUCCCGGAGCCAUGACCGCUCGGGGAGCCGAGGCCGAUCCGAGGGUCGGCAUCGCUCGAAGAGCAGGCAUCGCUCAGGCAGUGGGCACCGCUCUAGCAGUAGGCACCGCAGGUCUCCUAGUCGAACCUCAUCGCUCGAGUCAGGGUGGCAGCUGCAAGACAGCAAAAAGAAAAGCCGCAGGUGUAGACCGCCUCCACUUCCGCCCUCCGGUCAACCGGGAGCCCUUGACGACCACCAUCGAGCUGGUCUUAGUGGAUCGGGGGUCAAGUGGUAUCUCCGGUACCUGGAGCAGGGGAAGAAGCCGAGCGUAGCCCGCGCAAUGGCGGAAGUAAGGCAAGAGGUGGAGAAAGAGGCACAAGAGAGUGGUAAGACGGCUGCAACCGCCGGUAUGCAGCAGAGAGGCGAACUACCCGCGCCUGCUGAAAAGCAGAGAAGCGGGCAACAGCAUCAGAGACCCGCGCCUGCUGAAAAGCAGAGAAGCGGGCAACAGCAGCAGAGACCCGCGCCUGCUGAAAAGCAGAGAAGCGGGCUACAGCAUCAGAAACCCGCGCCUGCUGAAAAGCAGAGAAGCGGGCAACAGCAGCAGAGACCCGCGCCCGCCAAAUGGCGGAGAAGCGGGGAACCUACAGGUACCACAACAGGCUCAACAACAGCUACUCCAAAACGCACCAGCCUACAGGUCACACCACCUGAGCCACCGUCCCCCAAACGGCCGCGGGGGCUCCCACCCCCUCCAACAGAGUCUAGGGGCUUGGAUGGGUCCGCGGGCCAGGGUCAGCCACAGGAGGGAAUCACUAAGCAGCCUAGCUAUUCAGAUGCUCUUAAAGGCAUCCGGGUGGCUGUACUGCCCUGUGAUUACCCUGCUGCUGCCCUAAGCCCUGAGGACCUGACCAAACUCCAGGACGCCAUCAUGGAUGAGGUCCUUAAAGGGUGGAAGCACGCACUGGUCUUUUGUGGGGUAUUUUUCAGGUCAGGUAUGCUCCUUGUGGACUGCAAGGAUGAGCGGACCGCAGCAUGGCUGGUGGAUAAGGCACCAAACAUUGAGGGAUGGGAGGGGCCCGCGUUAUGUACCAAGAGGGGGGAUGAUAUCCCGCCGGUGCAUAAUAUCUCGGUGUUCUUCCCAAGAUGCGCCGAUAAAUCGGCGGAGUACGUGCUGGGGCUCAUCAAGGCCCAGAAUGAGGACAUCCACACUGCUGCGUGGAAGGUGGUUUCAUGCGGCGCCGAAGAUAACGGUCUCAGGCUCAACCUGGGGAUCGAUGAGGCGUCGUAUGUCAGCAUUAAGAGGGCCGGAUUCACAAUCAACUUCCGGUACAGUUUUGUUACGGUGCGGCCAUGGCGGCAUAAGACGACAGGCAGCAAGGAGUCAGAGUCCCAAGACAUGCAAGUCGACGAGACUACUGACUCCACUGCUGCCCCAGCGACCGAGUCGACCACGGCCCCACUGGGAGAUCAGCUAUCGGAAUUAGCACAGGCACCAGCUCUUGUGAGCGCUCCCGGGCCAAGUGUCACCGACUACAUGCGCACCACACAAGAGCUCCUAGCGGACAUAAGCAGGCUCGAACUCGACAGAGAGGGCGAGGGUGAGGCACGGCUUUCGAACAUCGAGGACGAGCCCCAACUAUGAGCCCAACAGCGCUAACAGUAGCCCAGGUCAACUUGCAUCACGCGGUGGCCGCCUCGGCGAUCAUUGCAAGCAGGUUUGCCACGGAGGACCUGGGAAUCCUACUGAUUCAGGAACCGUGGACCUACAGAGGCCAGGUGAGGGGCCUCAAUCAUAACAACAAUAAGGUAAUUUGGGACCUUUCCUGCGAGAGGCCCAGAGCGUGCGUAGUGCUAAAGAAUAAUAUUAAUUACUUUUGCAUUACAGAAUUUCUUACACAGGAUCUGGUAGCGGUCCAAGCUACCUUAAGGGUCAACGGGAAGGAACUGGAGGUGGUCUUGGCUGCAGCCUACUUUCCGGGGGACAACGCCAACGUGCCGCCUCUUGAGGUACAGCAGCUGCUGGAAUUUUGCCGCAGGAAACGACUUCCACCGAUUCUUGGCUGCGAUGCGAACGCCCACAAUAUAGAGUGGGGCAGCUCGGACACAAACCGUAGGGGUGAGUGCUUAUUAGAAUAUAUUAUCAGUGAAGACCUGUGCAUCCAUAAUGUCGGUAAUGAACCAACGUUCAUAACCAGGGUCAGAGAGGAGGUACUCGACAUCACUCUCAGCAACAGACUGGCCAGCCCUCUGAUCGUUCAGUGGCGGGUCUCAUCUGAGCCCUCACUGUCGGAUCACAGGAUUAUCCGAUUUGCACUGGGAGCUGAGGUUCUGACAGGUCACCCAAAGAGGAACCCCAGGAAAACAGACUGGGAUAAAUAUGAAGAGGUACUUAGGUGGAUUGUAUGGAGUUAGAGGACAGGGUCAACAAGCUGAACGGC